UAUAAAGUCGAUGGUAAACUCAUUGAACAAAGAUGAUGCAAUAUCUAUAAAGACAGCACAAAAAUACAUCGAAAAACAACAUAUUCAAACUCAACUUGUAUUUAUAAAAUCCAACUUUUCAUUUUUACCAAACGCAAUGAAGAGUCUUGAAGAACAAAACAUGACACUUGCCAGUUCUAUUUCGAUAGUGAGGGACGCAAAAAUAAAAUUAACUCAAAUAGGUGGAGCUCAAGGAAAAACGGUUAAAACAAAAGUAGAAACUGUGUUGGAGAAAAAUGAGGGAUACAAAUUAAUGGUUAAAAUUUCAAAUAUUUUAUCUGGAGACCAGGAAAGUUUUGAGGGUUUACCUAAAGAUUUAACAUUAAAUGACUUGGUAUAUUUUAAAUAUGCCCCGAUUACAUCAGUGGAUGUGGAACGGUCGUUUUCAAUUUAUAAAAAUAUGCUAACCAACAAUCGCCGUACAUUUAAAUUUGAUAAUAUCAGAAAAUGUCUUAUUGUACAGUCAAACUUUACAGGUAAUCAAUUAAUUAUUUUAUAUUUAAAAAUAAUUUAAAUAUUAUAUUAAAUACUAAACUUUUUCCUUUUCGCUGUAGGAGAAGACGA